ACCUGAACCCCGCCCUUCACGAACCGUUUUCAUCUCAAACAGACCAAAUAAUUAAAGUAACUAUUUCCCUCAAAUCCUAUGGCGCCAACUACUCCCGCUAAAAAGUUCCCGCCAAUCCCCGCCCUCUACGCCACCCUCUCUAUAUAACCCCAAACAAAAUCAACCCCAACAUUGCCCUCUUUCCGUUCGACGAAAUUCCCCACAGAUCUCUCACUCUCUCUCACAAUCCCAUAUCUUAAAAGCUCUGAGUCUCUGACUCUUUUUAGCCAUGGUAGUGCCCUUGGGUCCCGGCAAGUUCUAUGGCUCUAGCCUCCCACGUCCGCGGAUAUAUACGGACGUCAAGCACAGCGAGGAGCGGGUUGAUCCGCCGGUCUCGGUGCUUGAUCCAUUUCUUUCCUGGGCCAACGAGGCCCACUGGUACAUGGGCGGGCUCAGCUUCAAGCGCCUCCGCCUCCAGGGCCGCAUCGAGGGCAGCGUCACCAAGCUCCGCAACGAACACGAGAAGCUCAUGAAGAAGCAAGCCAAGAAGCCCGAUUCGCCCAAGGGGUCGGGCCCAAGUCUGCCAAAGAGGGUGAUUUCACUUCCGGGUUCGGAAUCUCCACCGCCGGCUCCGAUCGCGACGAAGAGGCGGAGAUAUUUGGCUCUGGUUGACGAUGACGAAGAAGCCGAAGAGCCGGUUGUUGUGGUCAAGAGGAGGCUGGUGAAGAAACUUGGGGAUGAUUUUGAUAGGGUGGCUAUGGAGAGCGAAAGGAGCAAAGGGGACCCAGUGAAAGAUUUGGGUCAUGGAUCGGGUUCCGGUGUGGAGGGAACGAGGACUCCGAGCCGGGGAGUGGGGGAGGUGGGUGAGCAAUUACAUGACUUGGAUUCCAAGGGCAAGAAGUUGAAGGGUGGUUCUAGUAGAGUGAGUAGGGUUAGGACUUCUCCAAGGCUGGCAAAACGUGGGUCUAGUUAGAUUGAAUUGGAUUCCUGUUAGUCUUAUUUAAGCAAAUAAUAUAGUGCCCCUUUCUUUUUAAGUUUUUUAUUUUAUUUUAUUUUGGUUCUAGGCUUUUAGGUUUGUAUAAGCUACAUAUGCUCCUUUCUUGGUUAGGAAAUGGGAGUUUCAAGUUUGAAUGGAAAUUUGUGUUUGAUGAAAAUACAAUAUCUGAUUUGCCUUGAAA